AUAUUUCCACUUGUUUAAUUGUUAUCUUACUUUACGUUUUUAUUGUCAAUUACAUGACGAUUUUUUCUAAGUUCAAUUGCUUGACGUUUAGUAUAUUGUAAAGUAAAUACACAUAAAAAUCAUAUAACUAUAUACGUUUAAUAUAUAUGUACUUUAUAUGUGAAAUGUGAUCGUUCAUAAUAUAACGUAAUAUUGUACAAUCAUUAAUAGCAAGAUAUAAAACGGGAGGUUAGUUCAUUGUAGAUUCAUUGUAAUAUACAAUUUCGUGAGUGUAUCACGGAGUAAUAAAGUGAAAUUUCUAACAAGUUGGAUCAAUCGCAUAGCAACAGAGGAAAAUAACAGCUCGUUUAAUUUUAUUUUAUUUAUUCAGUUUCUAUUUAUACUCUAUAAUAGAGAAAAUGGAGAAUGAUCUAUCUAAUGAUUUAUGUGAUGCUAUUCAAAAGAAUGAUUUAUGUAAAGUUAUGGAUUUGAUUUCUAAAGGAGCUAAUAUUAAUACUUGUAAUAAUAGUGGUAAGUUUCCUUUGCAAAUAGCUAUAAAAAAGGAAUCUACGAAGAUCAUAGAAGAACUUAUACAGAAAGGUGCUGAUGUUAAUAUUAAAGUUUACUAUGAAAAUCAAAAUAUACCACUUGUAGAAUAUGCCAUGGUAGAAAGUAAUGAAAAUAUAGUUACAUUAUUAGUAGAGAAAGAUACUUCUGUUAUAUUUAAUAAUAAUAAUGAAGAAAAAGUAUUACGCUAUGUCAUCAAGAAUGGUAUGCUUGAACUGUUAAAACAGCUAAUUAAUAAAGGAAUUAAUAUUAAUUUAAAAAUAAAUGAGGAUGAAACACCUUUAAUUAUAGCAGUCAAACAAGGACAAUUGGAAAUUGUUAUAUUUUUAUGCAAAAUGGGAGCUGACAUAAACACACGUACUUCCAGAAAUAGUACACCAUUACAUUUUGCUGUAUCAUGUCCAGUUUAUUUUGAAAUUACAGAAUUUCUCAUUAAUAAUGGUGCAGAAAUUGAUGCAGAAAAUGUAUUCGGCUAUACACCACUACAAUGUGCUCUCUAUGAUAAAAAUUUCAAAAUAGCUAAACUUUUAGUAGAAAAAGGUGCUAACAUAAACAGAAUUUAUAUAAAUACCCAUUAUGCUCGACAGAGAUUAGGAGGUACACUUUUACAUUGGGCUUCUCGAAAUUGGGAUUCAGAUGAAUUAAUGAAAUUUCUUAUAACAAAUGGAGCAGAUAUUAAUGCUACUGAACGUGAUGGUAGAACACCUCUUUGUUUAUUAGUAAAACAUAAUGGAACUUCAGAAAUGGUAACAUUUUUUGUUAAAAAUGGUGCAGAUCUUAACAAUAAAGGUGGUGGUAGUCCAUUAUAUUGGGCUAUCUAUUGCCGUGACAUAAGAUUACAAGUUUUAUUAAUAGAAUUGGGAACAGAUGUUAAUAGUGUUAUUGAUAGCCAUGAUAAUUUAAAAGCACCAUUGCAUUUAGUACGCGAUUUAUCUGUGGUAAAACUUCUUAUAGAUAAAGGAGCUAAUGUAAAUAUUACAGAUAAAUUUAAUAGCACACCAUUACAUUAUGCUAAUCAUCUUUCUAUAGUAAAGUUCCUUGUGAAAAAUGGUGCUGAUAUAAAUGCUAAAAACAGUGAAGGAAACACACCUUUACAUACAGCUUUUAAUUUUCCUAUAGUGGAAUAUUUAGUGGAAAAAGGUGUAGAUGUAAAUAUUCCUAAUUAUGAAGGGUAUACACCAUUGCACUUUGUCAAAAAUGUCAUUAUAGCAGAAUAUUUGAUAGAACAAGGUGCUAAUAUUAAAGCAGUUACAAAAGAUGGAAAAUCCAUAUUACAUAGUAUUAUUGAAAUGAAUACAUACAACGAUAUAAAUUUGACCGAUUUAUCAAAUUUGAUAUAUUUUUUGAUAGAGAAAGGUAUAAAUAUUGACAUUACUGAUAAUAAUGGUGAUACGCCAUUGCAUUUGUGUGGUACAACAUAUAAUAAUUUUACAGCAAAGAUAUUGAUUGAAAAUGGCGCAAAUAUUUCCGCUACUAACAUUGAAAAUAAAAAACCAAUAGAUUUAAAUAAUAGAAUAUUUACAGAUAUAAUCACUUAUAAAAACAAACUGUUUGCUGCUGUGAAUGAAAAUCCAUCCUUGAAAAGUAUAGAAUUUUUACUUUUUGGUGGAGUUAAAUUGUUAAAUAUUCCAUUAGAUAAUCUUAAAACAAAUGUAUUACAUUAUAUGGCACAAUAUGGUCAUGAAAGUAUAGUGAAAAACUUGUUUAAAAAUCAACGAUAUAGAGGAAAUGUUAAUUUUAUUACUAAACAUAAAUUCGUAAAUGCUCAAAAUAUAAAUAAUUGGAUGCCUUUACAUUAUGCUGCACUAAGAGGAAAUGAGAGCAUAGUUAAAUAUUUAUUGGAUAAUGGUGCAAUAUAUAAUGCCGAAACUUUACAAUUUGAAACACCAAUAAAACUUACUACUAAUGAUAAAAUUAAAAGCAUACUUCAAUUAUCAGAAAAAAUAUUUGAGUAUGUAAAAGUAGGAGAUGAAACAGAAGUUGCUAAAUGUAUUCAAAUACAAAAAGAACUUAUUAAUGCUAAAGAGAAUAAUGGUAAUAGUCUUUUACAUGUUGCCAUUUGUCAUGAUCAUACAGAUAUUACAAUGUUGCUAUUAAAUCAAAAAGCUGAUUUUACUCAAAUUAAUAAUACAAAAAACACAACGUUACAUUUUGCUACUUUCAAGGGUAUGAAAGAUAUAAUUGCAAUUUUGCUUACAAAUGCGGAGAAAACUAGAAUUUUAAAUGAGUUCAUUAAUUUAAAAACAACAAAUGGCAUGACUGCUCUUCAUAUGGCUGCAAAGAACAAUUUUAUCGAUCUUGUAAAACUUUUAUUGAGUCAUGGUGCAAUCUAUAAUGAAAAAAAUAAAGAAGGCAAAAUACCAAUGGAUCUUUCUAUGGACAAAGAUAUUAUAGAUUAUUUAAAAUUUGUACAGGAAUUAUUUGAAGAUGCAAAAUAUGGAAAAAUUGAAAUUAUUAAUAAAUUACAGAAUUUAGAUUGUAACGAAUUUAAAACAGUUACGACUAUUUGUAAUAGACAAGGAUAUACGUUGAAAGAUAUUAUGAAAUUUAAUGGAUAUGAUUGUAUUAUUAAAAAAUUUUUAGAAAUAGAAUCAACGAAAAGUAUUUCAGUCAACGUGAGUAAGAAAUGUCUAAAUAAAUACGAAGAUAAAUAUUCAGACGAAAGUGACCAGGAAGAUCUAGGUUUCGGUCUAUUUAAUUAAUCAAAGAUAAAGUACAUUUAUAUCUAUUGGGUUGGCAACUAAGUGAUUGUGGAUUUUGUCGUUUUCUUCUUAUUUGAAAUCCGAC